CACAUAUCAGGGGUCCCAGGGUUUCGCUGUGUGAAGACGAUCAUAUAUUGAGCAAUCCAAAAUGGCUCAAUCACUUAUCCCGAAUAGAUGGCAUUUACGCAGAGUCGCGGACUCCGCAGCACGGUCAUGUUAUAUUUGCUAUAAGCCAUCUUCAAGCGUGCUGAUUACGCCGGACAAUAAGGAUUUCUUCUACAUAUGUCCAAUCCACUUGAAGGACAAGGGAUUCUGCUCACCCAUCAUUGAAGAAGAAGAAGUGGCGGCCAAAAAGAAGAAAGAAGAGAUGGCAAGGGAAAUAGAGAAGGUUAAAAAGGAGUAUGAAGAGAAAAUGAAACGUAAGAAGGAGAAGGAGAAGGAAAAAGAAAAGGAGAAGGGAGAAAAAGACGAGGGGAACAAGAAAAAGGAGGACGAGGACGAGAAAAAGGCUGAGAAGGAAAAGGAUGAAAAGAUCAAUGCAAUACAGGCUGCUCAUACUGGAGGGGUUACAGGUGAGGACGGCCCUCGGAUUUUUACACUCCACAAGAACUUUUAUCAGAUGCGAAUUGAUAAACUACGCAGCAUGGAGCUGGCAAAGCGGAAUCGCGAGCGGAUGAAGGACGCUUCAUUCUUUCCUUCAGCUCCAAAGAACGAUUUUUAAAUUCUGCGGCAUUUUCUACGUUAUGAUAAAGCGAUACGCUACGUGCGCAUUUGAGACGGAGGUGGAAUUGCUCCGCAAUCCUCCGUAACUUUGCAAGAUCAGUUUAUCACAGCCGCUCAGCUGAGGCGCAGGCAACCUCUUCCCAUCUCCUCCGGACUCAAGACUGAAAUCAAAUGGACGACGCACCAUACAUGGCAUCGAUUCCCUUGGCUAUCUUGGCCAGCUGAAGGUGCACGGUGUUGUCUCACGCGAGCUGGUAGUGCACUGACAAAUACCAUCCAGCACGGCUGGCACUUGGAUUCUUCAGCGGCUGGAGUGGGUCAGGUCAUUCUUCAUGGUAAGCACUAGCCUCCGGCUGCGACGUCACCGGUGAGUCCAGGUCCAUUCGAGUGUUUUGGCGUUCGUGGGGGGAUGAUGUCAAAAUUUUAACUCCGCGGUCUGAAGCUCAGCCUUAUCAGACGGCCGAUGCGGCUUUAGCCAAGCGCGGAAAUGACUUCCGUUUUGGAGUCGGAGAUCGGACUUACUUGGAUUUUCCACCGUAACUUCGUUACGACGUAACCUUGGUAACUUAUGCUACGGAACCGGAUUAACCGAUCAACCCGACGCUUCCUCCCUCGACAAAGCGUGUGAUAUCAGGGAUUUCACUCACCCUGUGACGAAGCUCCCGAUAUUGUUCAACAGAGGAUUGCUCAGUGCUUCAAAUCCAAAACUCAAUUUACGACACAUGCAGGUGAUUUUUGACCAACUUCCAAGGGAUGAAAUGGUUGCAUUACUACGUUUCCAAAAUAAGUCAAAAAAAAAAAAAAAAAAAAAAA